UCAGGGCUCAAGACUAGCACCUCCGGGUCUGUGCGGAUGUAUCAUCGAACUUGAGCGCUGCAUCCCCGAAUGGGUGAGAGCGCGAUGACAGCAGACGACCGGGAGAGAAUCGGGCAGUCGAGUCGGUCGGACGCACAGAAUGAAUCGUACGGGGCAGGAGAACGUGUUGUGGUCGAACGCAACGAGCCGCUGGCCUAGAGGUCAGUGCGUCGUCAGAGAGAGCGAGCGAGCAACGAUUUUGGGCUGAGAUGUCGAAGCACUCGUAGCUCGCGGAGCAGGGAUGGUAGCCGCCGUGCAAUGGAGCACACUCGGGCCUCCUGCGGGACUGACGUCGAGGACGACGAGGCCUUUGGAAGUCAGUGGCACGAGGUACACCAACAAUCCAUGGACCCCUCGCAAUUGCGGCAUCUCGGCCAUGUCGAGCGAGAACGACGCCCGGAGCACGAGUUCCGGACAUUUUGCCGGUUUAUCGUCCCUGAAGGAACAGCUGCUCAGCGGCCGCGAGGGAAAGCAAAGCGGACUGCCGACGGCGAAGCAGCAGCAGGGGCGGCGGACGCCUCCUGAGACCGAGAAGGCUCCUGCCCGGGAGCCGCCGCCGUCGAUCAGGCAACCGACCGCGAACGGCGAAGACUCCGUGGCUCUUCUGGUGGCCAAUCUGCCCAAGGAGCUGACGAAGGCGGAGUUCGAGUCGCUGAUGCUCAAGGAUCCUCAAGUCGCUCGCUGCACGUACCUGACCCACAAAAGUGGCGAUUGUCGUAGCUACGGAUUCUGCGAGCUCCGGCCGGGAGCGGAUGUCACCGCGGCCAUCGAACUCCUCAACCGGCAGACGGUCGGCGGCCGGCUGCUCAGAGCUUCCAUCGCCACCGGCAAGAAGGAAUCCCUGGAGUCUACCCCGAGGAUUUCUUCUCGAGGAGACGCCCGAACAAAGGCGGCGACGACGACGACGAGUGUGAAGAACUUCAAAGCGAGUCCGAAUCCGCGAGAUAAACGGGAGAGUGACGGUGGAGCUAAAUCACUCGGGGGAGCCUCGAAUUCGACUGCCGGAGGACGCCAAUCUUCGCAGCAGCAGCAGCAGCAGCUAGGCACCGUUACUCGAUUGUCUCGAGCGGGAGCCGGACCCUCGAAGCCCCCGGGCGAGGCUUCCCAGUCGGGCUCCAAUGCUCCACUGUCCGGACAGAAGGUGCUGGACGCGUUGGAAAGGUUCGCCCGACAACGGAAAGCUAUCGGAGAAACUCCCGGCAAUCGUCGAGUUUCGUCGGAUUUCAAAGCCGAGACGGAUGGUACCGAUGAGAGUGAGCCGGAGCCCGUCCAAGUGAGACCCGAUUGGCCCGAUAGAAUCGCGUCUCUUGAGGCCCAGAUUCAGCAUUUGAGGCGAUUGUGACUCAUUUAUUCCUCGUCCCUUCACUCGCCGUCUUUCCCUUCAGUCCAGACUCUGAGACUCCCGCUCUUCGUUCACUUUCAAUUCAACUUGGCCUCUGUAUGGGACGCUGGUUCUAUUUAAUAACCCGAGACCUUGGUACUCUCGUCCAGCUGCAAGGGACAUUAACAACACUCAACUGUCAAUAUCCACUGUCCUGGGCUGGUGGAACCUACAAGGGCGAAUGGACAGCCCCGUUCUACUGCAACUGCAUUGUAGGUAGUGUUUCUAGGCACCAGUGGCAAGUGCUUUUGCUGCGAGAUUACCAAUUCCAUCUUCAUGUUCUGAAUAAGUUCACAUCUCUGACGCGUGGUCGAAGAUUGUACAUAUGUGUUGUUUCAAUUCAAAUAAAAGAUCCGCUUUACUAAUGUGAGUGG